AUGGCAGAUCGACUCACGCAAUUACAAGACACAAUCAACCUACAAGCUGAACACUUUUGCAACAGCAUUGGAGUCUUACAACAGUUUUCAACACCAAGUAAAUUCCCAGGAUUUGAUCGCAGCGGAUCUCAAACACCACAGCAACAGCAAAGUCAGGAAGACUAUGCCGUGUUAUUCGCGACUUUAAUUUCAAGGUGUGCAAAAGAUAUUGAUACUCUUAUAGAGUCACUGCCGAGUGAAGAAAGUUCUACAGAACUACAAGUGCAAAGCUUAAGACGUUUGGAGGCUGAAAAUAAGGAAGCUGCAGAACAGCUCGAAGAGGUGGUACGUCAAGGAGAAAUACUUUUGGAAAAAAUUCAAGGUGCCCUUAGCGAUAUUGCUCAAAGUCAACUCGAUAUGCAAAAUCCAGCUGUAAUCCUAGAGAAAGAUAUUAAACCACAAUUAUAG